GGAGGCAGGCAGCAGUAGAGACAUUGAGCCAAAAACACAAGAGAGAAGGGGAAACCUAAAUCCCUAUUCUCUUAUUCCAUACAGUUCAUUUCGCAGGGAAUUAUCUAAAAGGAGAGACAGACACAAAGGAAAGGAAAAGGUUUGGAAUGAGCAGCCUCAUACCUUUGAGGCUUUUGUUGCCUCCUCUAUCCCCCACCAUUACUCUCCAAUAUCCUCCUUUCCAGUUACCCUCCUCCAAGUCCUCCUUCAAAUCCUUCUCCUCCUCCUAUCUGCCAUGUGCCUGGAACACCACCUCUUCUCCCUCCAAACGCCGCAAGUGGCUUUGCGGACAUAUGGGAAGAGAUCAAGAUAUAGACAAUCGAUCAACUGAAGACAAGAGUGGCAUGCAAAUGUUUGGUUCUGAUGAAGAAAUAGGCACCCAAAUCCCUACUCAAGCUCAAUCUGUUGUUGAAGGAUCGGGAUCAGUUAUGGUUUCAGAGUUUAGACCUGCAGCUGAUGUGGAUUAUCUGCAGGAGUUAUUAGCCAUUCAGCAACAAGGGCCCAGAUCAAUUGGCUUUUUUGGGACCCGCAAUAUGGGAUUCAUGCAUCAAGAACUUAUUGAGAUACUUAGUUAUGCGAUGGUUAUCACUAAAAAUCACAUUUAUACAUCAGGAGCAUCUGGUACUAAUGCAGCUGUUAUCAGGGGUGCUUUAAGAGCAGAGAAGCCAGAACUGCUUACUGUAAUCUUGCCUCAAAGCUUGAAAAAGCAACCUCCUGAGAGCCAGGAAUUAUUGUCGAAAGUCAAGAAUGUGAUAGAGAAGCCUCACAAUGAUCAUCUACCUCUGCUAGAAGCCAGCAGGUUGUGCAAUAUGGACAUCAUUUCACAUGUACAGCAAGUAAUAUGCUUCGCGUUCCAUGACAGUAAAUUGUUAAUGGAAACUUGUCAAGAGGCAAAAAAUCUGCGGAAAAUUGUGACGCUGUUCUACCUGGAUUAAAACUAUUGUUUUCUCUGUCCAUACAUUUUAGGAAGGGAGAGUUGGAGGGGGAGAGGGAGCUUAUUUUUUGCUUGUAAAGAAUUAGAUGGAGUAUAUGGGUCAGAUGGCAUGAUUUUGUAGAGUGAUAGUGAGGGAGGUGGCCAAUUUGCUUCUCUUUUCGUAAUUGGAAAGAGCAUAUAUUUUGUUGGUAUAUCUAAAUCUUGGAGGUGAUGUUGGUGCAUACCACACAUCAUAAUUAUAUGCCCGGUCUCAGGCUACAGCGGCACAUUGAAAUUCAAUGACAUUCCUAGUGAUUUGUCUCCAGGAUCAAUCGAAACUCUGGGACAUUCCUAGUAAUUAUAUUGUACCAA